CGCGCGGUGCGCGCUGGGAGCUCGGGGGCGGCCGUGCCAGGAGGUCGCGUGUUCCGUCGUCAUGGGCCGUAAGAAGAAGAAGCAGCUGAAGCCUUGGUGCUGGUAUUGUAACAGGGAUUUUGAUGAUGAAAAAAUCCUUAUACAGCAUCAAAAAGCAAAGCACUUUAAAUGCCAUAUAUGUCAUAAGAAAUUGUAUACAGGACCUGGUUUAGCUAUACAUUGCAUGCAGGUACAUAAAGAAACAAUAGACGCUGUUCCAAAUGCUAUUCCUGGAAGAACAGACAUUGAACUGGAAAUCUAUGGCAUGGAGGGCAUUCCAGAAAAAGAUAUGGAGGAACGGAGGAGGUUACUUGAACAAAAAACUCAGGCAGAGAGCCAGAAGAAGAAGCAACAGGAUGAUUCUGAUGAAUACGAAGAUGAUGAAUCUGCAGCUUCCACUUCAUUUCAGCCCCAACAAGUUCAGCCGCAGCAGGGGUACAUUCCCCCAAUGGCACAACCAGGUUUGCCUCCUGUGCCAGGUGCGCCAGGGAUGCCUCCUGGUAUACCACCAUUAAUGGCAGGUGUCCCACCUAUGAUGCCUGGAAUGCCUCCAGUUAUGCCUGGAAUGCCACCUGGAUUACAUCAACAAAGAAAAUACAUGCAGUCAUUUUGUGGUGGAAACAUGAUGAUGCCAAUGGGUGGAAUGAUGCCUCCUGGGCCAGGAAUACCACCUCUUAUGCCUGGUAUGCCACCAGGUAUGCCACCACCUGUUGGUCCUCGUCCUGGGAUGCCUCCUAUGACACAAGCACAGCCUGCUACAGCACCGGGCAUUCUUAACAGACCUCCAGCUCCUGCUGCAUCAGCACCUACCCCUCAGCCUCCAGUUACUAAACCACUCUUCCCAAGUGCAGGGCAGAUGGGGACACCUGUCACAAGCUCAAGUACAGCUUCCUCCAAUUCAGAAAGUCUGUCAGCGUCUUCUAACGCUCUGUUUCCUAGCACAGCACAAGCUGCAGCAGCUGUUCAAGGUCCGGUUGGUACUGAUUUCAAACCUUUGAAUUCUACAGCAGCAACAACAACAGAGCCCCCCAAACCUACAUUCCCUGCUUACACACAGUCUACAACCUCAACCACUAGCACCACAAACAGUACUGCGGCUAAACCAGCUGCAUCUAUAACAAGUAAGCCUGCUACCCUUACCACAACCAGUGCAACCAGUAAGUUGAUCCAUCCAGAUGAGGAUAUAUCACUGGAAGAGAGAAGGGCUCAGUUGCCCAAGUAUCAGCGUAAUCUUCCUCGUCCGGGACAAGCUUCCCUGGGUAAUCCACCUGUUGGACCAAUUGGAGGUAUGAUGCCACCACAGCCUGGAAUUCCUCCGCAGCAACAAGGAAUGAGACCUCCAAUGCCACCACAUGGUCAGUAUGGUGCUCAUCACCAGGGCAUGCCAGGCUACCUUCCUGGAGCAAUGCCUCCUUAUGGUCAGGGACCUCCGAUGGUGCCCCCGUACCAAAGUGGACCUCCUCGACCUCCAAUGGGAAUGAGACCUCCUGUCAUGUCGCAAGGUGGCCGCUACUGAUGCUACUACACACGCUCUAAUAGGUUUUUAGAAGUGAAGUAUAGUAAAUAUGGUUCGUUAAAUUGUGAAGGCGCUGGAAUUACAUGAACAUACCACCUUAAAGGCAAGUUCUGUAACAUUAUGUUGCUAUUUGUGAAAUGAUGCCUUCACAGCACUUCAGGUGCUGUUGGACUUCGUGUCCCCAACAUAGUUUGGUGAGGGCUGUAACUGUUCCCAACUACUUGUACAUUUAAGUCUGAACAUGUAACGAUAUUUAAUGUAUUUAGAAUUCCUCCUGUUUCAGGGUUUAAGUAAACUGACCCACUAAGGUCGUGUGACUUUUCUGUACUGUUAUAAACUUCAUUGUAAUAAAAGAAGAUAAAAAUUUA